UCAUGAUAAAAUACAAUCUCAGGAGUAUAUAUGGAACAUGACCAAUAUUGUAUUUCCCAACUAUAACAAAGAAUUCAUUAAAAACAUUUGUCUUCGACUCUUUUUGGGUAAAGGCUUCAAGUAGUAGUCCCAAGUGAGUCAUACAAGAGAAUUCUCUAAAAAAAUGAUGCACUCAUACACAAAAUAGGGAUUAAUGUCUUGACAGUAUAAUAUAAAAUAUAGCUUUUCUGUCUGGCCAAUGUUACAUAUUGUUGUAUAUAAUAAUGUAAUUGUGUCAGGUUACUUUUUCCUUUUUUGUUACAUUAGCUAUAUGGAGAUGAAAAAUGACACACAAAUUUCAAAAUUUAUUCUCCUGGGAAUUUCAGAGGAUCCUCGAUGGCAACCCUUUCUUUUUGGACUGUUUUUGUUCAUGUACCUGGUCACUUUGCUUGGGAACCUGCUCAUUAUCAUUGCCACAGUUACAGAUUCCCAUCUUCACACACCCAUGUACUUCUUCCUUUCCAACCUGUCCUUUGCUGACAUCUGUUUUACCUCUGCUAGCAUCCCAAAGAUGCUAGUGAAUAUACAGACACAGAACAAGGAGAUAACAUAUGAAGGCUGUAUUGCCCAAGUGUACUUUUUCAUACUAUUUGGAGUUUUGGACAACUUUCUUCUAGCGGUGAUGGCCUAUGACCGAUAUGUGGCAAUCUGUCACCCUCUGCACUAUACGGUCAUCAUGAAUCGCCACCUCUGUGGACUGCUGGUUCUUGGGUCCUGGGUCACAACAGCAUUGAAUUCCUUGCUGCAGAGUUCAAUGGCAUUGCGGCUGUCCUUCUGUACUGACUUGAAAAUUCCCCACUUUGUUUGUGAGCUUAAUCAACUGGUACUACUUGCCUGUAAUGACACCUUUCCUAAUGACAUGGUGAUGUACUUUGCAGCUGUACUGCUGGGUGGUGGUCCUCUUGCUGGCAUCCUUUACUCUUAUUCUAAGAUAGUUUCCUCCAUACGUGCAAUCUCAUCAUCACAGGGGAAGUACAAAGCAUUCUCCACCUGUGCAUCUCAUCUCUCAGUUGUCUCAUUAUUCUAUUCUACACUCUUGGGUGUGUACCUUAGUUCUUCUGUUACCCAAAACUCACACUCAACUGCACGAGCAUCUGUGAUGUACAGUGUGGUCACCCCCAUGCUGAACCCAUUCAUCUACAGUCUAAGGAAUAAGGACCUGAUGGGAGCUCUCAGAAGACUCUUCAGAAAGAAACCAUGAGAGAGACAUCCAUCAAGAAGUGCUUGUGGUCUGGGCAGCAAAUCCAGGCACUGCAACUUUUUAAUCAAAUGAUUCAAGAGAAUUUCCUCUUUCCAUUUAUCUCCUAGAGUUUUGAAGUCUUUCAGUGGCUUUACUGAUUCUCUGUAGCAUUGUUAGUAAGCCUUUCCUUCUCUGAUAUAUGAUGUUUUCCAGUUUUCUUCCAAGUAUAUCAGAGGCAAUCUGUAGAUUCUCAUUUAUUUUACAUAGCUGUGACUUUGUGCUGGUACUAUGGGAUAAACUGCACUUAAUGAGGUUUUAAUAUAGAAGAAAUUCUGUGACUGAAUUUUACCAACGUUCUGUU